UUAUUUAUUCAUCGCUUUGCUUAAUCUCCGUCGACAUCUUACUUUACAAACUCUCUGUUUCUUUUAUUCUUCAUCCUUUUUUUUCUCGUAAUCUUUAAAAUAUUUUAUCAAUCUCCAGCGUCCUCUCUUGUCAAACCUGACAAAUCAACAGUAGAGAGAAUUUAUUAAAAGCCCUACUACGUAACGCUCUUUAAUCUUUUUAUUACUUCAGAAGAACCCAACAAAAUAAUUAUUCUUUCUUUAAAAAAUGGGAAACUGUCAAGCGGCUGAGGCAGCGACGGUUUUGAUCCAUCACCCGGCGGAGAACAAGGUGGAGAGGAUUUACUGGUCGGUGACAGCAAGCGACGUCAUGAAAUCAAACCCUGGUCAUUACGUUGCGGUGGUGGUAACGUCACCGACAUUGAGGAACGAGAAAGGGUCCCCACUGAAGCAGCUCAAGCUCCUUCGUCCUGACGACACUUUACUCAUCGGACAUGUCUACCGUCUCGUCAGCUUCGAAGAGGUUUUGAAGGAGUUUGCGACGAAGAAGUGUGUAAAGCUUGGCAAGCUAUUGAAAGAAGGAGGAGGACUUGAGCUAAAGAAGAAGACGAAGAAACACAGAAAGAAGACAGAUCAGGAUCAUAAUGGUCGGGUCAACCCAAAUUCGGUUUUGGAUCCGAAAGAAGAUGUAUCUAAUGAUGAUACGGUCGCCGGAGAUGACAGUGGAAAUGGGUUUAUGAGACGGAGCUACGGCGGAGGAAGAUGUGGCGGUGGGUGGAGACCAGCUUUACACAGCAUUCCGGAACUUGGAUCCUCGUGAGAGAAGUCUUCAAAAGCGUCGAUAUUCUUAAAGCACAUCCGACAACAUUGAAAGUUUAUGUAAAGCGAUGUUAUUAUCAUAAAUGCUUUAAAUGAAGAUCCAGUCUCAAAUUAUAUUUUCAAGAACUUUAAUUGCUCUAACGUUUUAAUUAUUUGAGCA